UUGAUCGGUGUUUGGAAAUUUAAAUAAAUUUUUCGAGGUGUUUUUCACUUCGUCUUCAAGAUUUUGCAUUGAUAGUGUUUUGAGGAACCUACACAGAAAAUGUGUUAAUUUUCUUGAUAAUUUAACUAACUAUAAAAUAGAGCACUUCGUUUAAGUCUAAUACGUCUUUUUAGCUGUUAAUGUAGAACCUUAAUAAUUGGCUACUGCGAUAUAUAUCCAAAUAUGUUUCAAAUAUAACCCUACUUCUAAGAAGAAAUGUUUCCAAAAUGUGAUAAAAUUGAUACUUCAAACAAUCGUCCUUGACCGAAGGCUGACCUCUGACUUCCACUAAAAGUUUACCGAGUAUUUUCAAAAUAUAUAUUCUAUUUUCAAAAAUGUCUGAUCCAACCAUACAAACAUUUUGUUGCCACCACACAGGAAAUAAUGAAGAUUUGGCAAUAAAAAUUAUGGAUGAAUUUAAUACUGAAUCUUAUAACACUGUUUGUUUAGUUUCUUCAACAAUUGGAAUCCUUGGUUCUUUAUAUCAGAUCAUUCCUCGAAGUAUAUCUCAAAAUACUUCAAGACUUCAUAACCUUUCUUCUACUAGAGGGCGACAUAUUAUUAUAUGGUUGGCGAUUGCAGACUUAUUUGCUUCUCUUGGUGUUCUCAUCAGAUCAUCUUUAUGGUUGCAAUACAAAAGUAUUAUGCCUAUGCCUAAUGAUGAUGUCAGUGUUUUGUUUUGCAGUAUAAUAUCAGCAUGGACACAGUACUUCUACACAGCAACUUGGUUUUGGACAUUAUUUUAUGCAAUUGAUACCUGGCAUUCUAUAAAAGGUAUUGAUUCCCGCCCUGUACUCUACCAUUCAUUGGCUUGGGGAAUACCUGCAGCUACCACUAGCAUUGGAUUAUCUAUACUUUAUAUCCCUAAUGCUACUUGUCAUAAUAUAUCAUCAAUCUCAACUGCUUUGUUAAGAAUUCUUCCAAAUUACUGUGUGACAUACCUGCCCAUUGCUAUGGUAAUGAUAGUCAAUCCAGUUAUUUAUGUUUUGGCAAGUAAGAAGAUUGAAAUGGCUGUUGCACUCCCAUUAGCUCAGUUCACAAGCAAAGAACGGAGAGUUGUGGACACACUGAGAUUAAAGUUUUUUCUUAUAAAUGCUGUUUUUUAUGUAUGUUGGAUACCAAAUCUUAUUAAUGGAUUCUUGGUGUGGACAAUGUGGUUUAACAUGCCUGUUAAGGUUAUAAUCUCAAUAUGGUACAUAAUGGCCUUAUUAAAUCCGAUGCAGGCUUUGCUCAAUGCUCUAGUGUAUAGAAAGUGGAGUCCUAGUGAAAGGCGACAGAGAUCAACACUGCUAAAUUUACAAAAAAGCUUUUCGUUUCAUGAUGAGCAAUCACCGCUGCUCGGUUCAGAACCACCUCGUUUGCCAAUGUCGCCGAUACCUCCUGCCAUAAAUAAUUACGCGACUAUGUAAUAUAUUAUAUCAUAAAAAUUUUAUACAUUUUAUAUUAUGUAUACAACUAAG